GAAGAAUGUUAAAAAAUGUUUCCAAAGCUACCUUUACAUCUGUUAAAUUGUCAAGAAAUGUCCAAUUAACCAAGCUUAUUUGUUCAUAUAGUGCUACAAAAUUGGCUUUUCUGAAAUUAUAUGAUUCUCUGGCGCAUUUGGUACUCUUUUUAGAAUGGAAGCUCAUGUUGAUUAUCAUGACAAGCGGAGGAUGGUGAACAUCCUCAGGUAGUAGGUCAUCAUAAGCCUUAACGACGCUACAAAGAAAUAAGUCACUUCAUUUUUAUAUCUAAGUUUGAUUCCAAUUAUGUCAAUACUGGGAAUAUCGUCUCUGAUAAAAGUCAUAUUUACC